AUGUCGCACAUGUGGCCGGCCGAGCCGGCCUACGAUGCCCAAUAUACUCGCCGCCGCCCCUCACCCAUGGAUCGUACGAGUAAUGCGUCCUACACCCAUAGCCGAACCAGGACAACAUCGUCAAAUACAUUCCCCGCGAACAUGCAAGGAUCAUAUCACACGAACCCCCAUCAACAGCAGACGCAUCUUGCACAACCCCCGACGAACCAACAAAGGCGCUCGCCGAGUGUCAAUACUUUCAGUACCGUUUCGAGCGGCGGCGGGAUGGCGCCGCCGGCCGCAUACAGGACGUCGCCUACGUUAGACGUAAGGAGAUCCACGUCAAGCCGCUCCGGCGGCUCACCGCAGUCCAGCUACGUCGCGCUACUCCGAAAACAAAAAGCCACGGUCUGGUGCGACCGCGCGCAGUAUGAAGACCCCAGGUUACAGGCCCAGCAGAAAGCCGCAAAGAUGCGCGCGAACCGCGAGAUCGUGGGGGCCGGCAGCGGCCUCGGUCUAGGGCUAGUCGGCGCGGGACGCACUUCGACCGGUCUUAGCUCUACCGGUGGGAAGGUGGCGGCCAAGAUCCGGCAUCACGGCAAGCCCACCGUCAUCGGUUAUUCGCCGGGCAGCAACCUCAACGGUGUUGGUGGUGUUCCCCUGCGUCUCAGCGCCACCGAGGUGGAGGGCGAGGAGAGCGAAGAGGACGACGUGGCCAUUCAGAAGCUGCACCAUCGGAGGACCGGCAGCUCCGGGCGGAACAGCACGGCUAGCGGCAGGAGGGCGAUGGCGUACCGCUCGUCCGGAGGCCUCGGGCCUGCAGGUGGGGCUACGAGGUGGAGCCCUGGCGGCACCCCGGAGCGGACAGGGUCCUUGGUCGAGGACAAGCCGAUCGACCGGACGCCCCCGGUGGGCGACGCGGCUAGUGGGAAGGCGAGGAGCUUUGCUAGCGGCAGCAGCGGCGAGCGGUUGGACAACGUUCCUGAACUCACUGGCAACGCGGCCCACCUGGCCAACAACAGCAUGAAGCACGCCACCGUGACGCGCGAGAAGAGCGUGAAGACCGUCGACGAACUGAAGCGGCGAGGGAGUGUGGACGAGCGCACGACGACGCUAUCCGCCGGCCGGCUGUACAUUGCGAACCCCGAUUAA